AUGCCGAAAGGAUGUGUAUCUCGUGACAUACGUGCGUUUCCACGUCUGCUCAACUCCAUAUUUCACAUUGGCACCUCACCUACCGCACCCUUGAACCUGCCUGAUGGAUGCAUUUGUUCUCCAUACCCCUCUUUACUACUCCCAGGACAGUCGAAACCAAUGUUCACUGCACGAGCCAUACUGCGUGUCACAUCUCGUCGCACACAUCUAUUCCCGCACUUGUUGGUCCUAAUAGUUGUACCGCAUUUUGCUGUAUUUAAAUAUAUGGAAGGUUUAAUAUGUAUAAUAUAUUUUUUUUUUGUAAAUGGACCGUGUGGACUUCACGCAGGAUUGAUAGCUGCACAUAAUAAACUUAAAACUACUAAUGAUGACCUAACGGUAAUAGUAGAUGUACCUUUGGAACCGAACUGUUCACAACCAAUUUGCCUAGGACCAUUGUCUCAAAUUUAUUGUUCUGGGAAACUAGUUCAUACAACAUGGAUGUUUGGAAUGCAAGAAACAUGCCCUGGUAAUAUGAUGCUUAAAUCACCAGGAAUUAUUUUGGAAUUGUUUACUAAUCUCACUUAUCCAUUAAAACGUGAACAGUUUCAAAAGUUUUGUACCGAAAACUUCGCGAACAUAAAUUAUCUAAAACAGGCAACUUUGGUAGAUUGGACUGAGGAACCGGAAAAUAUAAGAAGAUUGCAGAACACUUCAUUAAAAUUUACUUUAAGAAAAUUUGCUCGAAAGCUAAAUGAAUUAUGGAAAGUGUUGGCACGAGAAUUCGUGGAACAGGUACAUAAAACUCCUGAGUUAUUCCCAAUUUUGCCUGUUUCAAACGCAUUCAUCGUACCUGGUGGUUCGUUUCAGAUGUAUUUUUACUGGGAUUCGUAUUGGAUCAACAAAGGAUUGUUAUUUUCAAACAUGUCGACAACUGUUCGUCAAAUCCUUGAAAAUCUGGCCAGUGUUGUGCGGUUUCAUGGAUUUAUUCCAAAUUCGGGUAAUGUGCAAUUGUCGCGAAGAAGUAAUCCUCCAUUAUUUACGCAAAUGGUUGCGGAUUAUUAUGAUGCUACCGGUAAUAAAACUCUGCUAAAAGAGAUGAUACCGUGGAUGGAUCAAGAAAUGUUAUGGUGGGCAAAAAACCGAGCACUUGACGUUAAGUUGCCCUCUGGUCAAAAGUAUCAAAUGUAUCAGUACAGAGCUUCAUCCACGUGCCCGCGUCCAGAAAACUACUUAAUCGAUCUGAAUAAUGGAUUAAAUGGCACGGGACAUCCUGAAUUUAUUUGGUCGUCAAUCGCUAGUGCUUGCGAAUCCGGAUUCGAUUUUAGUACAAGGUGGUUUGCACAUCAGGGAAUAUAUGCUGAUAGCAAAUAUUCGAUCCGGACCAAUGAUAUUAUCCCUGUUGAUCUGAAUGUAUUUAUGGCUUGGAAUUUUGCUACUCUUACCAAUUUUCACGAAAUACUUGGAAGAUCCAAGAAGGCAUCUGAAUAUCGUGAACUGCAUAAGAGGUUACGUAAAGCAGUGGAUGAGGUUUUCUGGAGUGAGGAUUAUGGGGCGUGGUUUGAUUAUGAUUUAAUGGAGCAGAAACUGAGGAGCGGCUUCUAUCCGUCUAAUGUUUUUCCACUUCUACUCGGUAGCUAUGCUGCUCGCAUAACUAAAAAAGUGCUUCACUAUUUACUCGGAAGUGGGACACUUAAUUUCAAAGGUGGCAUUCCGGUGAGUUUAAAUAAUGCUUCUCAUGAGCAAUGGGAUUAUCCAAACGGCUGGCCACCGCUCACACAUUUGUUUGUGGAAAGUUUGCGGUUAUCAGGAGAUGAAAAGCUUGUUGAAAUAGCUGAGAAAGCAGCCUGGAAGUUUAUUCGCACUGCUUACAAUGGAAUGAUGAAACCAAAAAAGGGCAUGCCAGCGGCAUGUUGGGAGAAGUAUGAUAUUCGAUACGAUGAUGGUAGACCGGGCUCAGGUGGCGAAUAUCCUGUACAGCAAGGUUUUGGGUGGACAAAUGGUGCCUUGCUCGAUCUCAUUUACAAAUACGGAAUUUCUAGUCAAUAUACAGUUUCUAGCGCAGAGCCAAUGAACUCAGGUGAAUUGUCUGUGAGUGGGAAACAGUUCAUUUUCUUGGUUGUUAUACUGUUUGGAUUAUUAAUGCUUUGGCUACUGACAAUUUUUAUGCUUCGCUUGAAGAAAUUUUCCAAUAUUAAAGAUGAAGAAGUACAGCUUGCUGAAGCAGUUCAUCUUCUAGAUAAUGAAUGGUAA